CCACUUCCGCUUCCGGUCCCAGCGUGCUCCGGGUGUGGUAGAAGAGCCUGGCGUGCUGCGCGCUCCUUCCUUUCUCGCUGCCCGGCCAUCUUGGCGGCUGCGCUUGGUUUGGGGGCCCGCGCCGCACCGGAGGCAGGAAAGAUGGUGGCCGCAAAGAAGACGAAGAAGUCCCUGGAGUCCAUCAACUCGAGGCUCCAGCUGGUGAUGAAGAGCGGCAAGUACGUGCUGGGCUACAAGCAGACGCUCAAGAUGAUCCGGCAGGGCAAAGCCAAGCUGGUCAUCCUCGCCAACAACUGCCCGGCCUUGAGGAAAUCUGAAAUCGAGUACUAUGCCAUGUUGGCUAAGACUGGUGUCCAUCACUACAGUGGCAAUAACAUCGAGCUGGGCACAGCGUGUGGGAAAUACUACAGAGUGUGCACACUGGCUAUCAUUGACCCAGGUGACUCUGAUAUUAUUAGAAGCAUGCCAGAACAGACUGGUGAGAAGUAGUAAACCAGAAAAGCCUGCCUUUAAUAAAACCACCCAAGCUCUCUUUUAAAAAAAAAACAAA